UUACACAUGUUCAUAUUUAUCUCUAGUGAUAAGAAAGUUUGAAUUUUUUUGACACUGGGCUUUUCACCUUGACUUUAGUUGACUUGCAGUGUCCUGAGAUUAGACACAGUGGCAUGAGCAGUUUUAGGACCGUUUCUUUUAUUCGCUAACAGUAGGGACUGGUAGGUUAGGCUGUCAUCUGAUGUAUGACUAGGUCUAUAGCCUAGCCUGUCAUCUGAUGUAUGUUGUGUCUGUUAGUCUCUGACAGUCUGGUGCCUGCAGCGAGCCGCCUCUACUAGUGCCAUCUACAGUGCCUGUGUUCGAGUCACGCCGAGACCAGCAUGAAUUUGGCAGUCCAGCGGGCCACCAACGUGGCCUUCCAGGAGCACCACGUGUCCCGUGACAAGCGUGGUAAAGCUGUAGGACAGAAGGGUGGGUUUCGUGGCUGUACCGUGUGGCUGACAGGGCUGUCUGGGGCAGGCAAGACAACCAUAUCCUUCGCUCUAGAGGAGUACCUGGUGGGUCAGGGGAUACCAGCCUACUGCCUGGAUGGAGACAAUGUCCGCACUGGUCUCAACAAGAACCUUGGCUUCUCUCAAGAAGACCGUGAAGAAAACAUCCGUCGUAUAUCUGAGGUGGCCAAACUGUUUGCUGAUGGAGGCAUCGUUUGCAUCACUGCUUUCAUUAGUCCCUUCAGAGCUGACCGUGACAAUGCCAGAGAACUGCAUGAGAAGGCGGGGCUGAAAUUUUUUGAGUGUCAUGUUGACACGCCCAUUGACAUUUGUGAAAAAAGAGAUGUAAAAGGACUUUACAAGAAGGCCAGGGCUGGCUUGAUUAAAGGCUUCACUGGAGUUGAUCAGCCCUAUGAGGAGCCCCUACACCCCGAUGUUAAACUCAAGGCGGGGGAACUCUCAAUAGAUGAAUGUGUCCAAGAGGUUGUCCAGCUCCUCUCUAAAAAUGAUGUGGUUCCCCUGGGCGUACUACAAGACAUCCGUGAGCUGACAGUCCCAGAGAACAAACGUGAAGCAGCUAAAGCAGAGGCCGCCACUCUCCCAUCUGUAGAGAUUGGAAUGGUAGAUCUACAGUGGACCCAAGUGUUGGGUGAGGGUUGGGCCACACCUAUAUCUGGUUUUAUGAGAGAGAAAGAAUAUCUCCAAUCUCAACAUUUUGGCUGUUUGCUUGACAAUGGUGUCAUCAACCAAAGUAUACCUCUGGUGUUACCCAUCAAGGCGGCUGAUAAAGAGAGGUUAGAAAAGUGUCAGGCCUUCACCCUCAAGUAUGAAGGAAAAGAUAUAGCCAUUUUGCGUAAACCUGAAUUUUACCCUCACAACAAAGAAGAGCGGUGUGGACGCCAGUUUGGCACAACAAAUCCUGGCCAUCCUUAUGUCAAGAUGGUUCUAGAAAGUGGUGACUGGCUGGUGGGAGGAGAUCUGGAGGUGCUGGAUAGAAUUUACUGGAAUGACGGCCUGGAUGAGUACAGGUUAACUCCUAGAGAACUACGGCAGAAGUUUAGGGACAUAGAAGCAGAUGCAGUGUUUGCCUUCCAGCUGAGAAACCCAGUGCACAAUGGGCACGCAUUGCUCAUGCAAGACACAAAGAAGAAACUUUUAGCAAGGGGCUACAAGAAGCCAGUUCUACUCCUACAUCCUCUAGGUGGCUGGACAAAAGACGAUGAUGUGCCUCUGCCGUGGAGGAUGAAACAACAUGCAGCUAUACUUGAGGAGAAAGUUCUAGAACCAGAGUCAACAGUCAUCGCAAUUUUCCCAUCUCCCAUGAUGUAUGCAGGUCCAACAGAGGUACAGUGGCAUGCAAAAGCUAGAAUGGCAACAGGGGCAAAUUUCUACAUAGUGGGCAGAGAUCCUGCAGGCAUGCCCCACCCUGAUGGGGGAAGGGAUCUAUAUGACCCCACACAUGGUGCCAAGGUUCUAACCAUGGCCCCAGGACUCCCCCUGCUGGAGAUCGUACCAUUCAGAGUGGCAGCCUACAACAACCGUAAACGAGCCAUGGACUUCUUUGACCCAGAGAACAAGGAGGACUUCCAGUUCAUAUCCGGCACCAGGAUGAGGAAGAUGGCUAGGGAGGGAGAGAACCCCCCAGAUGGCUUCAUGUCGCCCAAAGCCUGGUCUGUCAUGGUUGAAUACUACCAGUCCUUGAACAACACCAAAUAGCUGCCCAAGGCUGACUCUACUCAUUUCAACUUACAUGCUGUUUUGUCUUUAAAUAUUGGGUUAGAAUCAGGUUACACAACAGUAAAAGAAUAGUUGAUGAUGUAAGCAAGUUAAAAAAAGCAAGUAGUGUAGUUUUUGUCGUCACUCAACAACUGCUGAUAUGAAAACAAUUGUACCAGUUCCCUAGAGUAUUGUUGCUCCUGUUUACAAAUGUUGCUGUCUUCUCUAUGCCAACGUUAUCUCCCCUUCUUGCUUAUAUUUUUGUUCUAUUGCUGAACAAGUAUCAUCAAACCAUUGUGAUGGUCUGGUGAAUUCUUGAAAUAUAUUAUAUAUAUAUACACUUUACUGUGAUAGGUUGCAGGUAAGAAAAUAGGAUGAUGCAUUACAAAAGAAUACCUAACGUUUGCAUAUAAAGCUCCUAUUUUCUUCAGCAAACAGGUGAAUGCAUGUGUCUAGUGUGUAGGUCUUUAGACAACUCUUGUCUUUCCAGUUCACAAUCAAUACUUUCACACCCCAACUUGUAUACAUAAUUCCUAUAUGUAAAUGACAUUCUGUGUUGUGACAAACCUUUCCAGACUAGUCUGACUUCUGCCAGCCCAUAAUGUUGCAUCUGUUCAUCACACACGUCUUUAUUUCCUUUCAUGACAAUUAUUUUUUCUCCCUGGAUACAACCCAGUUGAAGCACCUUCUGCGUUUACUUGAUGAAUGUAAAGGACGAGUAAACAAAGCUCCUUGUACUGUUGCGGUACAAAAUACUUAACUUUAUAUCUGACUUGUUUCCCAAACCCCUGUACCAUGGGGGGGGGGGGGGGGG